UUAUGCAAUGUAUCAGAGAAAAGCCUGUGUACUUUGACUAAGUUAUUGAAAACACUGCUGAUUUUCUGAAAAAUAAAAAAAUAGACGCUACCUGUAUGCACGCACAGACCGCAGUGCUUUAACCCGUUUACACAGACCUUCAGCUGUGUUUCUCUCAGUUGUGCCAAAUGAAUUAUAAUGACUUUUUUUAACCACGUUGCACAAACACACUAAAUGGCAUUUUCAUGAGCAGACUCAGUGUGUGUGUGUGUGUGAGGGGAAUAUUUACACAGGUUUUGCUGCACUGAGUUAUGUGUUCUGCAGCAGGGAAGUCCAUCUCUAUUUGUCUCUUAGCAGUUAAUAAAGAUGCAUUUCCUUCACCCCCCACCUUCCUGUGGGGAUGGUAUCAAGCCUCUGUUAAGUCUCUUUGAUUUCCAGCACUCUCCAAUCACAGUGGGACUCCAACCCAUCAUUGUGCCACUUCAAAAGGAUGCCCCCCCCUGGCCCCACCCACUUCUGGGCUACCCUUAAAAGUCAUGGUCAUCCCAUCCUGCAAGGACUCAGCAUCUCUGAAACAUCUGCAGCGAGGACUGAUUUGACCUUCUGACUUCCUUUCUGGGCUGUUGGAUUUUUCUUUUGCAUGUGAGGAAGGAGACCCAGGAGACAGAGCAGAGCUGAAGACACACUUUGGAUAUCACACACCUGGACUGAGGUGUGUCUUUUUUUUUUCUUCUUUUUUUUUAAGCCUUUUGAGUCAAAAACAUAUCAAGUUGAAUCCAAAGGAUGCAGUCCAUCAGAGACUUGAAGUCCAACUUCAGCGGGCCUCCUCCGCCCCCCAUGGCUCCCGGACCUGAUGCCUAUCUGCAGGGUAAUAUCAGGAUGACUCUGGAGGACACUGAACUGUGGAAGACCUUCUAUGAAAUAGGGACAGAGAUGAUCAUCACUAAACCGGGAAGGCGAAUGUUUCCACAUUGCAAAGUGAAUCUAUCCGGGCUUAUUCCAUGUGCCAAGUACGUGUUGUUGGUCGACAUGGUCCCAGAGGAUGGUUUCAGGUAUAAGUGGAAUAAAAAGAAGUGGGAGGUAGCAGGAAAAGCGGAGCCUCAGCCUCCCUGCAGAACCUACCUCCACCCAGACUCUCCAGCACCAGGGAGUCACUGGAUGAAGCAGUCCGUCUCCUUCCUCAAGCUCAAGCUGACCAACAACACGCUCGACCAGCACGGCCAUAUCAUUUUGCACUCCAUGCAUCGCUACCACCCGCGCUUCCACAUCGUCCAGGCAGACGACCUGUUCAGUGUGCGCUGGAGUGUUUUCCAGACCUUCACCUUCCCAGAGACUUCCUUCACUGCAGUCACUGCCUACCAGAACACCAAAAUUACAAAGCUGAAGAUCGAUCACAACCCAUUUGCAAAAGGCUUCCGGGAUGAAGGCACUAAUAAGAAAAGACGUGCCAACAAGGACCCAUCGUGCCUUGAGAAGAGGACCAAGGCAUCAGACAUUUUGAACUCUGAAGAAGACAGUCCACCAGACUUCUGCCAGUCUUCGUAUGACGGUUUCGACGGAGAGGAUGAAGAGCUGCCCAAAAGAAAAGAAGAGGAUGGUGUCAAAGAGGAGCGCUACUCUCCUUGGGAUGCUGAGAGAGAGCACAGAGUGAGGACUGACUCUCCUGUUGGGGCAGACACAAGAGAUCUCUACAGCACAGAGCAGCUUGUUCCUACUCCAGCUUCCUACCAGUCAUACAGGUUCCAUGAGUAUGGAAAGUCCCCGUCCCCCUCUUCCAGCAUCGGCAGCAGCAACAGCAGAUCCGGACGCAGCAGCUUUGAGUCCAGGGUUCCCGACAUAGCCACGGUCCCUGAUCACGACUCUUCAAAGCCCCGUGAGGUUGGCCCUUCCAGCUGUGGCCCCCAGCACCUCCCGGGCCCCCAGGACUACACGGGGGUGCUCAACAUGUCUGUGGCCCAGGCCAGCAAGCCGGGGGUCAUUGGUCACCACAUCUACAACCCCUACAGCACCGAGCAGCCCCUGGGCCAGUGGGGCGGCCCAGGUCCUUCCCAGUAUCCCCCUCCUCACCAUCUGACCACUGACUACACCACGCAAGCUGUGCAUCACAGCUAUCACCAUGGCAACGUGGCCGAGUGGAGCCAGUACCCGCUGUUCUCUUAUUCGUGCUGGUGAAGGGAUCUCCACCGUCAACUGAGAGUUACUUUACCGCUGCUGCUUAUGAUGCCAUCUUGACAAAAAGCUGAUCCCAGCACUCACAGCUGUGAGAGCGCAUGCCUAAACAAGGCUGAGGGCCACAAUCCUGCAGCCAGAGUGAGAAACACUGAGAGGAGAGAGUAAGAAUAAGGAAUGGCUCUGUCUGCUGUUCCGACUGGCAGGAUGCAAACCGGCCAUUUUAUGCUGAGUGCAACUCGAGUUUGUGGUUUGAUUGUUUGAAAAAAACAAAACAAAAAAACCAACUAUUUAUUUUGCAUUUCACCUCGUUUCCUGGUGUAAAUAAAUAUUUUUGUAAAAAGCUAAGAAUAAUAAUGUAAGAGUUAAUCAUUCGUGUGCAAUUAUUGUUUGUCGAAUUGUGGUGUGACCUAAAAAAACAUAAAA